AUGUUCGCUCCAGCUGUAAGUUUUUUAAACAUUUUUUGCUUUGUACUUUUUAAAAAAGUUUUUCUUGUUGUUAGUAAUUUUUAACAUAGUAAAAAUCGCUUAAAAGUCUUUAUAUUAGGUUGAACUAAAAGUAGCGGGACACUUUUCAUUUAUUUUAUAACUAAAACUGUCCCGCUACUUUUGUUCAACCUAAUAGUAAUAAAAAGUUGUUUAUGAAUUUGUUUUUUAUAGGUUUGGUCUAAAAUCAUUGGCCACGUUGAAUUUAUGGAAGAUGUAGCUGCCUUGGCCACGAUCAACAAGGAGUUCUACAAAUUUGUUGGAGUCGACUUCAAGAAGAUCUGCCAUGACAAUUUAAUUGUUCGUGGUCAGACAGAUGAGUGUUGGGCGGACGUUGUAAGAGAGUAAGUUAUUUUUAUUACACUGUUUUUAUAGCUUUUUUUACACUUGUUUGGACGAUAUUAUUGUAAUGACGUAUGUUGAAACAAAUUUGUAGUUUUGUACAAUAUGUAACAAACACAAAUGUAACAACGCAAGACAUAAAUAAAUGAUUGUAGUUACAGUUAUUAGUAUAUAGAAAUUUAUUUUAUUUAUUUUAGUGCUGAGCAUCGCCUGUUCUACAACUGUACCAACAACUUUACGUGGUGCCGGUUUACGGGUGCAUUGGCCGUUAAGCAGUAUGGCAAUAAAGUUUUGUUGGCCAACCUGGACUUUUCGACCGCUGGGGGUUUUGUCAUUUCCGCCCCUAGCGAAAUCGUGAGGCUUCAGUUUAUAAACAGAGGAACCCAUCUGAUCAUCACUACGGAAAAAGGGUUGCUUCUGUUCGACACCAUCAACAAAGUAUACCUGGCCAACUACAGAUGCAACUACUUCAAAGCAUCAAAUUAUGUAAUCCAAGUGGACGAUCAAAAAAUAUUCGACAUGUACACGCAACAGGUGGUGGACUUCAACUACGCACGUGUCACCUUCAUAUAUUAUAAUAAUCCUACCGACUACAGGAAGCACCUUGUGCUAAUGAACAAGCAGGAGGAGUUGAUUGUCCUAAAUUUGGAAACAAUGGAGCAAGUGAAGCUAUGCAAUUUGUUUGCAGAAGAAGUUCAAGUACGGAUAUUGGCGGAAAGCGAAUCAGUAUUAGUUGAUGGUAAGUAAAUUGUAAAACAAUAUAACGAUGUUUAAGUUAAAUGUAAAUCAAUACGAAAAUUAAAUUUUACGAUUUUAGAUCAAGAUCGAUUCACGAUCUUCAGUUUGAUUACGGGAGAGGUGUUAUACGACGGAUGGUUGACGUACAGCAUGAAUCGGAGCAUACUGUCCGAAAACGUCAUUGAGUUUUUGGAUAAAGAUGAGGUAUGUCUAUUUAAAAUACAACAAUCUGAAAACAAUCAUUUUUUUAAUUCCUACAUGGUCUCAAAGUCAACUUUAACUAUGCAUCAGUACAAUAAUAUUGCAAAAAGUAAUUUCCAAUUUAUAGGUACUGUAUUACGAUUCACAGGCCAAACAAUGGAUAUCUAAAAGAGUACAGUCAAGGAUCUCAACCGCCGUUUUAUCCGACUACUACAACAUUCCGAAUAAUGGUCACAGCACCAUUCAUUUUGUUAACGAAAAGGCUGAGAUGACGAAUUUCUUUUAUGCUGAAAGUAUUAAAAGUAAGUUAUUCAAACAAUUUUUUUACUAUUGAUUACACAAACUUUAAAACACAAUAAAAUACUUUAUUAUUAUACUGCGACAGAGUUUCAUGAAAAUAUUAUAGAUGAACUCUUCAUCAAAAGCUUCAAGCCCGCACCGUAUUGUAAACAAUGGUUUGAACAGCCCUUCGAGAAAACCGUGAACGACAUACUGAUUGCAAUGGACAAACGGAUUCAACAGGAAACGCAGACAGAGUUUGUAGGUGAAGUCGUGGAGUUUCAAUACGAGGACCCGGAGGAACAACUAAUGGUUCAAAGAUGUAUAGAAAACUUCCAGUAUGUUCACGAGGAUGAUAGAUUAAAUGGAUACAUGGAUUUUGAAUAA